GCAGGACUUGACUAGUUUUUGUUUCAAAUACAUAAAAUAUAUAUCAGCUGUUAUCAGCAAAGAUAAUAAUAAAAGAGACAUUGAUUGCAACAGAAGAUGUGUGAGACGUUGAAUUUUCCAUGAUAGCAAUAAACUUAAGUAAGGAAGGAACAAAGAAUAUUUCUGAGAAAAUCUGAUAUAACUCACCAAAUCGCCAAAUCGUCACAUUUAACCAUGCUUACCACAGCAUUGAAAUAUAUGUGUUACAUAGCAACAGUAACCAUGGUGAUAAUUGAUGGUAUCAUGGCAACAGGAAUGGAUGGACUCUUCAAAAAACAUGCAAUAAGUGAUGUAAAAUUGGAAGAUCGUUUUAUUGUACGUACAUUUGAUGUUCAAACAAUUACGGAAUGUGCAAUUGCGUGUAUUCAAGAUCCAGAUGAUGAAUGUUGGGGUUUUAAUAUUGAGGAUAAAGACGGAACAAGGAUCUGUGAGGUGACGCAAGACAUGGCAGGGUCGGGAAAGAUGAAUGCUGCAAGUGGAUAUGUCUUCUAUGAAAAGAUUCAGCCAGCGAGACCAACAUGUGUGCAAGCCGCGAUGAACAGAGGGGAACUUGUCCUGAUAUUUGAUAAACUACUUUGGAGUUAUGGUGAGGGUGCAAGCUCCCUAGUAGAUAAACCGUUUGACAAGACUUUCUAUGCCACAGAUUUGUCAUCAGAAAUUGCAACGAGGUUCGGGGGAAAAACACCCCAGGCGGCUUAUAUGGAUGAUCGUGAUUCAUCAAACCAUUUUAUUUCUGGAAACGUUGACUACAAAUACCCAACUAUGCUUGAUGCGCUUUCAACCCCUGAUGCCUCUGUGAGUUAUGAUGCCUUGUCGAGUGACCUUGAUGCAAUCGUGAAUGACCCUAUCACAGCAACCAACUAUUACUUCACCGGAAACUAUGUCACAAAAUACAACCUGGGGACAUCAACGAGUACUAGCGCCUUUCUCCUAGGAACGGACAUUCCCGAUAACAUUUUUUUUGGUGCCCCAAGGAACAUCAACGCAGCUGUGACAAAAUGGCCGAAUGUGAUUCUUUUUCGUUGUCACAAGUAUUACGAGUGGAACACAAACACUAAAACAAUUGUGUCCCAGGGCUUGGUUGCAAUUCCUGAUGAAAUAUAAAAGAACAAAAUAAUUCAGUGUUGCCUGUGUAAAUAAAACACCCCUGGGACCCUUGUAUGAUGUAGAACAUACGCCUCUUGGACCCCUGAGUAAUCUGGUACACCCCUGGGACCCCUAUGUAAUAUGGACACAAUAUUUGGACAUAUAUUAU